AUGUCUUCUCUCUUGAAGCCAGAGCAUAGUAUUUUAACAGUAUCAAGACAUCUUGAAAAAUUAAAUAAAAAUGAUCUCAGAAAUUCGACCAAUGUUAAAAGUGGAAGUUAUCUCAAUGGUGAAUCAUCCUGCAAAUUAGAAUCAGAACUUUUACCAAAGGGUAAUAAAAAAUUCACACUAAAAGAUACUCAAAUUAUCAUUGACCAGGAAUCAAUUAUUAUUAUUAAUAGCGACGAAGAUUCUGCAAAAAUUACUUUUAAUAAAAAAUAA